AUGGAACCAAGGAACAAUGUGACUGAGUUCAUCCUCCUAGGGCUCACUCAGAGUCUCCAGGGUCAGAAAAUCUUGUUUGCUGUGUUCUUGCUCAUCUACAUUAUGACAGUGGUGGGCAACCUCCUCAUUGUUGUGACUGUGGUGAUGAGCCCAACCCUGGAUGCCCCUAUGUACUUCUUUCUUGGCUACUUAUCUUUUAUGGAUGUUGUUUAUUCUACAUCAGUUACCCCAAAUAUGAUUGUAGACUUGCUCUAUGUGAAGAAAACCAUUUCUUUCCAAGGUUGCUUGGCCCAGCUUUUUAUAGAACACUUAUUUGGUGGUGCUGAGAUUUUACUUCUGGUAGUCAUGGCCUAUGACCGCUAUGUGGCUAUCUGCAAACCUCUGCAUUAUAUGACCAUCAUGAAUCAACAUGUGUGUGUUCUACUGUUGCUGUUGGCCUGGUUUGGAGGAUUUGUUCAUGCUGGAGUUCAACUUCUCUUUGUUUACAACCUUCCUUUCUGUGGUACCAAUAUCAUUGACCACUUCCUCUGUGACAUGUACCCAUUAUUAAAACUUGCCUGUACAGACACCUAUGUCAUUGGUCUCAGUGUGAUUGCCAAUGAUGGAGUGAUAUGUGUGGUCAUCUUUUUGCUGUUACUCAUCUCCUAUGGAGUCAUCCUGAACUCCCUGAAGAAUCUUAGUCAAGAAGGGAGGCACAAAGCCUUAUCCACCUGUGGCUCCCACAUCACUGUGGUGGUCCUCUUCUUUGUCCCCUGUAUUUUUAUGUAUGUGAGACCUCCUUACACCUUACCCAUUGAUAAAUACCUGACUGUGUUUUACACUGUUUUCACACCUAUGUUAAACCCCUUAAUCUACACUCUGAGAAAUGCAGAGAUGAAAAAUUCCAUGAAGAAACUUUGGACCAGAAAAACAAACUAA